AUGCCCCCAGAGCAGCGUUUUAUUCUGGACCAAGUCGGCAUGAUAUGGGCUGGUGGUCAAACCAAGGUGCCUGUGUCUGUGUGCAGUGAGAGCUGUCCUCCAGGCACCAGGAAGGCUGUACAGAAAGGCAGGCCUGUCUGCUGCUAUGACUGUAUACCAUGUGGAGAGGGAGAGAUCAGCAAUGAAACAGACUCCAUCACCUGUGUUAUUUGUAAUCAAGAACACUGGUCCAACGGACAAAGGGAUAAAUGUCUGAGGAAGGCAACUGAGUUUCUGUCGUAUGAAGAGAUAAUGGGGAUACUACUCACAGUUAUCUCAGUGAUUGGAACCUGCUUGACAUUUGUAGUAGCCAUUAUAUUUUUUAAGUACAAGCGCACGCCACUUGUGAAAGCAAAUAACUCUGAAUUGAGCUUUUUGCUUCUGUUUUCACUGAUUCUAUGUUUCCUUUGCUCUCUUACUUUCAUCGGUCGGCCCUCUGAGUGGUCCUGUAUGUUGCGUCACACAGCGUUUGGGAUCACCUUUGUUCUCUGCAUCUCCUGUGUUUUGGGGAAAACAAUAGUGGUGUUAAUGGCCUUCAGAGCCACUCUUCCAGGCAGUAAUGUCAUGAAGUGGUUUGGGCCUCUGCAACAGAGACUCAGUGUUCUUGGCUUCACUCUCAUACAAGUGCUUAUAUGUGUCCUGUGGUUAACUAUAUCCCCUCCAUUCCCAUACAAGAAUAUGCAUCACUACAAGGAUAAGAUCAUUCUUGAAUGUGAUGUUGGAUCAGCUGUAGGAUUCUGGGCCGUAUUGGGGUACAUUGGACUCCUCGCUGUUUUAUGUUUCAUACUGGCUUUUCUAGCACGUAGAUUGCCUGACAACUUUAAUGAGGCCAAAUGUAUCACAUUUAGUAUGCUGAUAUUCUGUGCCGUCUGGAUCAGCUUCAUACCAGCUUAUGUCAGCUCUCCUGGAAAAUUUACAGUAGCUGUGGAGAUAUUUGCUAUUUUAGCAUCUAGUUUUGGUGUCCUGUUCUGCAUUUUCUUACCAAAAUGUUAUAUAAUUCUAUACAAACCAGAUAAAAACACCAAAAAGCACCUCAUGGGCAAAAUGCCCUCAAAAGCUCUUUGA